UAGCGCGCCGGCGCCUCGGGGCCGCUAGUUCCGCGCGUCCCUGGAUGGAUGGAGGCGCGCCCGGACGCGUCCCCGGCCCAGCAGUGACCUCCCCGGCCCCGCGGCAGCUGUCAGAUUGAAGUGAGUGAACUCAGAUAUAAUUCAAGCUUGUUGGAGGGCUUUAAAAAAAAAAAAUAGGCUGAUUCGGUGCAUGAGAGCAAGUUACUGCUGCUUACCACCGUCCAGAGACUUACAGGUGCUUGCCUGCAUUGCAAUAAAGGACUCAUCUAUUGAGCAAGACUUCUAUUUAUCUCUUCGUUUUGGAGAGCCUAAUAAACUGUUAUUACAGUUUCUCUACUGACUUUCAAAGUUUUGAAGUUUGAAAGAGACACCUUUGCAAUUAACACAGCAUGAGCACGGCCAGAACAGAGAACCCUGUUAUAAUGGGUCUGUCCAGUCAAAAUGGUCAGCUGAGGGGCCCUGUGAAGCCCAGUGGUGGCCCUGGAGGAGGGGGCACACCGACCCAGCAACAGAUGAACCAGUUGAAAAACACCAACACAAUCAAUAAUGGCACUCAACAGCAAGCACAGAGUAUGACCACCACUAUUAAACCUGGUGAUGACUGGAAAAAGACUUUAAAACUCCCUCCAAAGGAUCUAAGAAUCAAAACUUCGGAUGUGACAUCCACAAAAGGAAAUGAGUUUGAAGAUUACUGUUUAAAGCGGGAGUUACUGAUGGGAAUUUUUGAAAUGGGCUGGGAAAAGCCAUCUCCCAUUCAGGAGGAGAGCAUUCCCAUUGCUUUAUCUGGUAGGGAUAUCUUAGCUAGAGCAAAAAAUGGAACAGGCAAGAGCGGUGCCUACCUCAUUCCCUUACUUGAACGGCUAGACCUGAAGAAGGACAAUAUACAAGCAAUGGUGAUUGUUCCCACUAGAGAACUUGCUCUACAGGUCAGUCAAAUUUGCAUCCAGGUCAGCAAACACAUGGGAGGGGCUAAAGUGAUGGCAACCACAGGAGGAACCAAUUUACGAGAUGAUAUAAUGAGGCUUGAUGAUACAGUACAUGUGGUGAUUGCUACCCCUGGCAGAAUCCUGGAUCUUAUCAAGAAAGGAGUAGCGAAGGUUGAUCAUGUCCAGAUGAUAGUAUUGGAUGAGGCAGAUAAAUUGCUGUCACAGGAUUUUGUGCAGAUAAUGGAGGAUAUUAUUCUCACGCUACCUAAAAACAGGCAGAUUUUACUCUAUUCUGCUACUUUCCCUCUUAGUGUACAAAAGUUUAUGAAUUCCCAUUUGCAGAAACCCUAUGAGAUUAACCUGAUGGAGGAACUGACUCUGAAGGGAGUAACCCAGUACUAUGCUUAUGUAACUGAGCGCCAAAAAGUACACUGCCUCAACACACUCUUCUCCAGGCUUCAGAUAAACCAGUCGAUCAUUUUCUGCAACUCCUCUCAGCGAGUUGAAUUGCUAGCCAAGAAGAUUUCUCAGCUGGGUUAUUCUUGCUUCUAUAUCCAUGCUAAAAUGAGGCAGGAACAUCGAAAUCGUGUAUUUCAUGAUUUCCGAAAUGGCUUAUGCCGCAAUCUUGUUUGCACUGAUCUGUUUACCCGAGGUAUUGAUAUACAAGCUGUGAAUGUGGUAAUAAACUUUGACUUCCCAAAGCUGGCAGAGACCUAUCUUCAUCGUAUUGGAAGAUCAGGUCGCUUUGGUCAUCUUGGCUUAGCCAUCAACUUGAUCACAUAUGAUGAUCGCUUCAACCUGAAAAGUAUUGAGGAGCAGCUGGGAACUGAAAUCAAACCCAUCCCAAGCAACAUUGACAAGAGCCUGUAUGUGGCAGAAUACCACAGCGAGCCUGUAGAAGAUGAGAAACCCUAACAAGCAUGCAUUGACAACAGAAGGCUCCUUUGGAUCUGCGACUUAAUGCUUUUUGGGUGGGAUGCUCUUCUCUUGUGGGUUUUUCAUCUUUUAUUUUGGAACUAUGAAGACUUAAAAUACGUUUUUCUUUUUUUUAAACUGGUGAAGAGAAAGAAACUGAAAAGAAGAACUCUACCUUUUUGUUCCACUUGUUUGCACUGUGCCGACUGAACAUUAGUUGCACUAACUGCUGGUUUUUAAAAAUGUUUCCUGGGGAACGGGGACAAGAAAGGAGGAAAGAAGAGAAAGGGAGAAACCCUAAAAAGAGAAGAAUGUUGAUGAACACACAAGCUUGUCUACAUCUUCAGAAUUCUCCAACAGCUGUCUCGAGUGCAUUUCAACUUCUCCCUGAUUAGUCAUCCGUUUUUAAGCCUGAAGAGCUUAUUACUUAUUUGUGCGAAGUGCCUUAUGCUAUGAGACCAUUCACAAUAUCAUCUUUUAGACACAGCCCAAGGAAUCAACAAAGUAAUUUUUUUCUUUUUUCUUUUCUUUUUAAAAUUUUGUCUGUUCAUUUGGUUUCAAGUUAUAAAGUGUGUCUCUUCCUGUUCUACUCAAGCCCAGGGCUGGAAGAUGAAUCUUACUAGUAACGUUAACACCAUUUUCUUUUUCUCUAUUCGGAGGAGUUGAUAUGCAACUGCAGUUCAUCCGCACUGUAAAUACAUGUAUUUAAAAAAAAAAAUCAAUCCCAAGUAAAGAUUUCUUCUGGGCUGAGUAGAUCCAUCCUUGCUCCCAAAGGAAAGAGCAGUCUAUCAUUGCAGGAGCCAUAUGACAGGCCUUUGUGCUCUACCACAGAACACUAAAGACUGGUUUACAUACGUCUCCAUUAGCAGUAUGGCACUUGAUGUGUAGACAUGUCAGAGCCUUGACCCUCUUUCCUCUGUGGCAAAGCGUGUCCCAUAGAAAAUUGGGUGUGUAUACUUGUAUAAACUUUGUAAAUAAGUUUUUUUCUGGGUUCAUAUAUAUAUAUAUAUAUAUAUACAUAUAUAUAUAUUAUUUUUUUUGGAUGAAGGUUGCUGGGAUUAAGGGGAUUCGAGUGAUUAUGAGAGCAGCUAAAGAUGAGAGGGGCUCAGUUUUCUGCAACACUAAAUUCUAAAAAGUACUUUGGCCUGUUGCUGUAGAGUGAGUGUCUGUUGUCCCCAUGCUAGAAAAGGAGCCCGGAUGUCUGGGAUGCACUGUUUGCUUGCUGUCACACUGUCUCAGUACAUUUAAAAUAAGUCUUACCAGAAAGCAAGGAAGCUUCUAAUAGCUAUGAUUCAAGAUGAUUUUUUUAUGAAGGUCUCUGAUUUGACCUCUCCUUUUCUAAGAGAGGAACCUUACAAAUUCUGCCAAAGGAUUCACCUUCCUUGUCGUGCGGGGAUUCUGUUGAGUGGCAGUGUCUAUGAACAGAGUAUUAGAAGGCAUGGAUUGGAGUUUGAGCUUACUAGCCAUUGUCGACUUUGGUAAGGAUAGCAGAUCGGAGGUUAGUUUUCUGUGGAUCAUCUCCUAUAGUGUAUACACAUGUGUUGCCCUCUGCCCAUCUUGAUAGAAAAACUUUUGCAGGAACGGGCAACCCCUGAGAGCUGUUACUCAUGCUACAGAAAGCUGCUUGCAUCCUCUUGCGUUUUGACAAGAACUGUUGCCUGUCAUUUUGCAUUGUAAAUUGCUGGCAGAUACUUUACAGUCAAUAGUGUUGCUUUAAAUUGUGCCCCUCCCAACAUGCUUGAUGUUUGGCCUGAUCUCCAGGCAAAAGGAGUGAGAUGAAUCAAAACCAGUGAACUUUUUUUAAAAAAAAAAAAAUGUUUUUAAUUCCCUUUUAACCCAGUGUACUAGGUCAAUCAGGAGGCAUCUAGAGAACAAAAAAAAGCAAAAAAUAAAUUUAAAAAGUUGAUUUCCAUAUUCCCAUUGUAUUCAGAACCUUAUUACAAGAAAAUUUCUGCAUAUGCUUUGUGCUUAAUUCAUCUGGAUAAAGAAAUCAGUUAUUCAAAGUUGCUUUUUUGACUGCCUAGUUCUAAGCAAAACUUUGUGACUUGCCCAAAAUUCCUUGAGGAUUAAAAUCCUACAGAUGCCUCCUGAUCACACACAACCCUAACUCCUUAACUGUAGCAAGAGCUGCGCAGUACAAAUCCCC